ACACAUUAAGAGAAGACCCGCACCCGCACGAGGAGGAAGAAGAACUUUGGCUUUGCCUUUGCCUUUGGCAAUUUGCUGCACUAACUCACAAACAACGCCAUAGCUUUCAAUCUUUAUUCCUUUUCAAAUCCAUUUCUACUGGAGCUCUGUUUCAUGAGCCCCACCAUGGAUCAUGGUAACAACAGUCCAAACGAGAUUUCUCAACCUCUCAUUUCCAUGGAAGAAAUCAAGUCCGAUUCCACUCCUCACCACCCCCACCGCCUUAUCUCGGUGGAUUCCGAUGUUUUGCUCCCAAAACCGGCGAAAUCCAAGCGUCUUGCGUCGCUUGAUAUCUUCCGAGGUCUCACCGUUGCGUUGAUGAUUUUGGUUGAUGAUGCCGGGGGAGAAUGGCCUAUGAUUGGUCAUGCACCAUGGUAUGGUUGUAAUCUUGCGGAUUUUGUGAUGCCUUUUUUCUUGUUCAUUGUUGGGAUGGCCAUUGCACUCGCCCUGAAGAGAAUACCUAACCAACUUAUGGCCAUUGAAAAGGUCACUCUUCGAACUUUAAAGCUCCUAUUUUGGGGCCUUCUAUUACAAGGUGGCUAUUCGCAUGCGCCAGACAAACUGACUUAUGGCGUUGAUGUGAGAAAGAUAAGGUUAUUUGGGAUUCUCCAGAGAAUUGCUCUUGCAUAUUUGGUUGUGGCAUUUGUUGAAGUACUUUCAAGACAAACACAAUCCAAUGUUCAACCAUUUAACCAUUUCUCUAUAUUCAAGUCAUACUUCUGGAAUUGGCUGGUUGCAGCUUGUAUUCUUGUAGUAUACUUUGCUCUCCUUUACGGAAUAUAUGUUCCGGAUUGGCAAUUUACUGUCACCGACAGCGAUAGUGUUUAUUAUGGAAGAAACUUCACUGUAGCAUGUGGUGUCAGAGGAAGUCUGGAUCCUCCAUGUAAUGCUGUGGGAUAUAUUGACAGAAAAGUGCUGGGAAUCAAUCACUUGUAUGCCCAUCCUGCUUGGAGAAGAUCUGAAGCUUGCACCGAGAAUUCUCCAUAUGCAGGAUCUUUCCGAGAUAAUGCUCCAUCAUGGUGUUUUGCCCCAUUUGAACCUGAAGGAAUUUUAAGCUCUAUAUCUGCCAUUCUGUCCACAAUUAUUGGAGUACAUUUCGGGCAUGUUCUAAUCCAUUUUCAGGAUCACUCUGCUAGGCUGAAGCAAUGGGUUACAAUGGGCUUCACUCUUCUUAUCUUAGGACUUGUUCUUCAUUUCACUCACGCAAUUCCGUUAAAUAAACAGUUGUAUACAUUUAGCUAUGUCUGCGUGACAUCGGGAGCUGCAGCGCUGGUUUUCUCAGUCUUCUACAUUUUGGUUGAUAUCUGGGGCCUGAGGUACUUGUUUCUACCAUUGGAGUGGAUCGGGAUGAAUGCGAUGCUUGUGUAUGUUAUGGCAGCUGCUGGCAUUUUUGCAGGUUUCAUCAAUGGGUGGUAUUAUGAAGACCCCCACAACACACUGAUAUAUUGGAUAAAGAAGCAUCUCUUCAUUGGAGUUUGGCAUUCCAAAAAAGUGGGUAUUCUCCUUUAUGUGAUAUUUGCAGAGAUCCUGUUUUGGGGCGUCGUCUCCGGGAUCUUGCAUCGGUUCGGUUUAUACUGGAAGCUGUAAGAUAGUUUUUUUUUUUUUUUUUAUUGUUCAUACAGUUUGAUUGUCUUCUCUGUGUUAUUGAAAAGAGUGUUUAAUCCUCUCUUUUUUCAUCAAGCAAAUAGAACAGAUCUUAAUGGUUGAUGUUGAUUA